AUGAACCCCAAACUUCCCUACGUUCUCCUGGCUGGGGCUGCGGCGAUAAUCUUCAUUCUCUCCUGCAUGCUGCUGAGCAGGGGGAGGCGAUCACCCAGCUGUGAAUCCCAGCCCCGCAUCCUGGAGAAGAUGGGACCCACGAGCCAGAGCCUGGUCUUUGCCGAUCUGACGCCCGAAGAGAUGCUGCAAGUGGUGCGGUACCUGCAGGGAAACCUCGGGGUGCAGCUGGUUGACGCCUCGCGUGCAAAGCCCUCCGACAACUGCAUCGCCUCCAUCGACGUGCAGGUCCCCGCCAAGGCAGAGGUGCUGCGGUUCCUGGAUGGUGGGGGGCCUCGCCCCCCCCGGGAGGCGCUGGCUGUGCUGUACUUUGGGAACCAGCCAGACCCCAACGUCACCGAGUACGUGGUGGGUCCGCUGCCGACACCGGUGUAUCACCGGGACGUCACGGUGCAGAAGUACAGGGGGAAGGUGCCGUACCACCGCAGACCGAUGCUGGGCAGUGAGUACGAGCAGGUGGGAGUGUUCUUACAGAUGGUGGCAUUUGCUGCAGCCCCAACCUUCCUGAAAGAAGUGUUUGAGUACGACGGCACCAACGUGGCAUUUCAGACCACGGCCCCUCACGGGUUUCAGUCUGGAGACCGUAAGUCCUGGUUCAUCGUGUUUCAGAACGUGAGCGGGUUCUUCGUGCACCCGGUGGGGCUGGAGGUGCUGGUGGACCACAGCAGCCUGGACAUCUCCCGGUGGGCGGUGAGCAGGGUCUUCUACAACGGGCAGUACUACAGGGACAUGGUUCAGCUGGAGAGCGCCUACGUGCAGGGUCGCAUCAGCGUGGAGAAGGUGAGGAAGGCGCCGCGGGAUGGGGACUUCUCAUCCAUGAAGCCCCGAGCACCUUCGGCUGCGCUGUUCCCUUUGCAGUAUGAGCCCCAGGGUCCCCGCUACAGCGUCAGGAACAACCACGUCCUCUUCCAGGCCUGGAGCUUUGCCUUUGGGAUGAGUGUGAACACGGGCUUGCGCCUGUUUGACAUCCGACACAAGGGGGAGAGGGUUGCCUAUGAAAUCAGUGUCCAAGAAGCAUUGUCAGUGUAUGGCUCCAACUGCCCCGGAGGAAUGUCAACGAGGUACAUGGAUGGGAGCUUUGGCAUCGGGCGCCACACUUCCCCCUUGGUGCGAGGGGUCGACUGCCCAUACUCAGCCACCUACGUCGACACACACUCUCUGUCUGAGACCCUCAGCCCCAGUAAGAGAAAGGCUUCCCUCUGCAUUUUUGAGCAGAACCUGGGCUCCCCUCUGAGGCGCCACUACUCCAACUUGCAGUCGCUCUACUACGGGGGGCUGGUCAACUCUGCACUGGUCGUUCGCUCCAUUGCGACCGUGGGCAACCACGACUACGUGUGGGACUUCAUCUUCUACCAGAACGGGGCCAUUGAAGGCAAGGUCAAGGCCACGGGGUACACGAGCUCCUCCUUUCUCCAUGGGGAUGGUCUGAGAUACGGCAACAGGGUUUGGGAGCACACACUGGGUACGAUACGCACUCAUUUCAUCAACUAUAAAGUGGACUUGGACGUGGGAGGGGUGAAGAACUCCCUGGUGGCCCACGACAUGGCGUUUGAGAUGGCGCGGGCUCCCUGGAGCCCGGAGCAGCAGAUAGAGCGGCCACGACUCACCAAGAAAGUCCUGGACACGGAGGACCAGGCUGCCUUCCGGCUCCAGUCGAAGAUGCCCAGAUACAUCUACUUUGCGGCCAACAGCAAAAACAAGUGGGGCCACCAGCGUGGUUACAGGAUCCAGAUCACCAGUUUUGCGGGGGACCAUGUCCCCGAAGCCAGCUCCAUGGAGAGGGCCAUCAGCUGGGCAAGGUACCAGCUGGCCGUCACCCGACGGAAGGAGGAGGAGCCCACCAGCACCAGCAUCUACAACCAGAACGACCCCUGGACGCCCACCGUCACCUUCGCCAACUUCAUCAACAACGAGACCAUCACCAACGAGGACCUGGUUGCCUGGAUAACCGCUGGUUUCCUUCACAUCCCGCACUCGGAGGAUAUUCCCAACACUGUGACGGUGGGAAACUCGGUCGGCUUUCUCCUGAGACCCUACAACUACUAUGACCUGGACCCCUCCAUAUACUCGCACGAUGGUGUGUUUUUCACCAGCGAGCAGGACUUCACGGCGUGUGAAAUCAACCCUAUCGCAUGCCUGCCCAAAACUGCCUCUUGUUUGCCAAACUUCCCCCCGUUCACCUAUGAUGGUUUCCAAAAUAUGAGCAGGCUUUAA